AUGCAUUAUUCCAUGCAGGUCGAUUCUUAUACCAACAAAGUCACGUUAAUGGGCGUGACCUGGGCUUUUCCUUUGGAAGUGACAAAACUAAUUUACUGUUCCAGAACAGUUCCUGAAAUUGAGAAGGUUGUGGAGGAGAUGAAGAAGCUGAUGGAGUUUUAUUCCAAGGAGACGAGAAGGAGCGACAACUUUUUAGGUGUGGCCCUUUCCUCCAGGAAAAACUUGUGCAUUCACCCGGAGGUGAGUUCUCUGCGCUUUGGAAAAGAGGUUGAUGGGAAAUGCCACAGUCUGACAGCAUCAUACAUCCGUGCACAAAGACACAACAACCCCAACGUGCCUUUGUGUUGCUUCUUUGAGGAGUUUGAUGCAGUAGGCCGAAACAUGCCCCUUCCUGCUGGCAUCUACAAUCUUGAUGAUCUGAAAGAUUAUGGUCAGAAGAAAGGCUGGUGUCCGUACUAUCUCGCACGCUAUACAAUCAUGCAUGCGAAUAUAGUGGUGUACAGCUACCACUAUCUGCUAGACCCCAAGAUUGCUGAUUUGGUGUCCAAGGAGCUGGCUAAGAAGUCUGUAGUGGUGUUUGAUGAGGCCCAUAACAUAGACAAUGUUUGUAUUGACUCAAUGAGUGUGAACAUCACAAAACGACUACUGGACUCCUGCCAGAACAAUGUGGAAGUGCUCCAUAACACCAUACGCAAGAUAAAAGAAACUGAUGCUAAUCAGCUGAAGGAGGAGUACAGGCGAUUGGUGGAAGGCCUUAAGGAAGCCAAUGUUGCCAGGGAAACUGAUAUCUACCUUGCCAAUCCAGUGCUACCAGAUGAAGUUCUUCAAGAGGCUGUUCCUGGCAGCAUUCGCACAGCAGAGCAUUUUGUUGCUUUCUUGAGGCGUUUUCUGCAGUACCUAAAAGCCCGUCUGAGGGUCCAGCAUGUAGUGCAAGAGAGCAGCUCACAGUUCCUCAAAGACAUUUACGACAAAGUCUGCAUUGACCGGAAACCUCUCAGGUUCUGCGCAGAGAGGUUGCAGUCGUUAUUACGAACUUUGGAGAUUGCUAAUAUCACAGACUUUUCAGGCGUUACACUCAUCUCUAACUUUGCUACCCUGGUCAGCACCUAUAGCCAAGGUUUUACCAUCAUCAUUGAGCCAUUUGAAGACAGAACUCCAACCAUCUCCAACCCUGUGCUACACUUCAGCUGUAUGGACCCAUCUAUAGCCAUCAAACCUGUUUUUGAGAGAUUUCAGUCAGUUAUCAUCACAUCUGGGACUCUCACCCCACUGGAAAUCUAUCCCAAGAUACUUGACUUCCGACCCGUUACCAUGGCAUCAUUCACCAUGACACUAGCUCGGACUUGUCUCUGUCCGCUGAUUGUUGCCAGAGGAAAUGAUCAGGUGACUCUCAGUUCAAAGUUUGAAACAAGAGAAGACAUUGCUGUGAUCCGUAACUAUGGCAACCUACUGCUGGAGAUGUCUGCAGUUGUUCCUGAUGGCAUAGUGGCAUUUUUCACUAGCUAUGUGUACAUGGAAAACAUUGUGGCAUCUUGGUAUGAACAGGGAAUCCUGGAGAACAUCCAGAGGAACAAGCUGAUAUUUAUUGAGACUCAGGAUGCGGCAGAGACCAGCAUGGCCCUGGAAAAGUACCAGGAAGCAUGUGAAAAUGGCAGAGGAGCCAUUCUGCUAUCUGUAGCCAGAGGAAAGGUGUCUGAAGGAAUAGACUUUGUGCAUCACUUUGGUCGGGCAGUCAUCAUGUUUGGAGUGCCUUAUGUUUACACACAGAGCCGCAUUCUAAAGGCUCGUCUGGAGUACUUACGGGAUCAGUUCCAGAUCAGAGAGAAUGACUUCCUGACCUUUGAUGCCAUGCGUCAUGCAGCUCAGUGUGUUGGCAGAGCCAUCAGGGGCAAGACUGAUUAUGGACUUAUGAUUUUUGCCGACAAGCGUUAUGCAAGAGCAGAUAAACGUGGAAAACUGCCUCGGUGGAUCCAGGAGCACAUCAGUGAGAGCAGUCUGAACCUGACUGUGGAUGAAGCUGUGCAGCUGUCCAAGCACUUCCUGCGGCAGAUGGCUCAACCUUUCAGACAGGAGGACCAGUUAGGCCUGUCUUUGCUGACAUUUGAGCAGUUGGAGUCUGAAGAGAUACUGCAGAAAAUCGCCCAGAUUGCUCACCAGAGUUGAUGGUGAUUCCAGUGCCUACCAUUUGGUCUUCACCUCAUUGUACCAGGAUGCUUACAAAGACAAAUUCCAGGAUCACCUACAUCACUCAUGAAUUAGAUGGCAGGGUGAUUAAAAAAAAAAAGCCCAACUGUGGUAGCUUCAGUAAUAACCAACUCUGUAAAGCCAGUUUACACCUCAAUUUU